AUGUCCUAUACACCUCGCCAAAUCAAAUCACUAAAUAAAGAACUAUAUCUAACUAGCAUACCAUAUAAUAGUAAAUUUUAAAGAACUUUUACAAAUGAGGAAAUGUCAAGCGUGUCCAAAAAAUUAGAUUUUGAUCAAUUUGAUAAUCAAGUAUAAAAACCAAAUUCUGUAUUGAAAAUGAAUUCAAUUCCCCUUAAAGGAAUAAGUCAAUUAAGAUGA